AUGGGAAAGAGGCUCUCUAAACAGCGCCAUAAGCCCCGCUUCACAAAAGUUCAAAUACCUUGGCUGAUUCGUGGUGUUAUUCGUAGUAAUAACAUUGAAACUAUGCAGUAUCUGCUCAGCUACCCAAAUGAUGUAAAUCCAUGUGUUGUUAUUGAUGGGGUGUGCCCACUUAAUCUGGCGAUUGAGCUUGGCCACCUGCAGAUGGUGAAACUUUUGAUCAAAGCUGGUGCAGAUAUUCAUGUCUCAGAUUCUCCCCGGUACCCUCUCCAUCAGGCUUCUCUUUAUGGCCGUGCUGCAAUUGCCGAACUUCUCAUAUGCUCUGGGGCUAAAGUGUCCGUUUUAACUGAGCGUCAUCAAUCCUGUCUCCACUUGCUUGCAAAUCAGUCAGCAGAACGCUUUGUCGAAACUGCUCGUGUUCUUCUCAAUCAUGGCUGUGAUCCUAAUAAUUUAGAUGACGACGGUUUGGCUCCCCUGCAUCGAGCCUCAGUUGAGAUGGUUGAAGUUUUGGCGUCGUCCAAAAAAACAGACUUGAACAUUCUCAGUCAAAAUGGUGAUACGCCAUUAUUGGUAGCCGCGAAAGAUCGGCGAGAAUCUGUCCUUCUUGCCCUAAUCCGUGUGGAAAUGGAACAUAAGCAGUCCGCAACAACGACUACUGCCGUUUCUGCUAUUCGAACUCCAUCUGCAAAGUCAGCGAGUUCUGCAACUUCCCGGCUUACCAUGGUGUCCAGUGGUGGCUCACCAAAUCGGCCAACCGGCUGGGCUAUGCGCGUUUUCAGGACGCCUUCUGCCGCAACGGUCCAGCUCAACCGCGUUGGCAGCCCUCAUUCCACUCAUCAGCAGUCAGUCAGCUUCAGGUCUACCUCAAACAACGUCGCUGCUGCUUCGUCGUUUUCCUCCUCUGUGUUAAAUUUCAAUUCACAGCUUGCUGCGCCAUCGUCUGCACACGACGUCAGCUUGCAAAGUUUUGCAAAUUUCAGAAAGAAGAAUCCACCAACACUAGAAGCCAUGCCCGAUUCACUGACUAUCCAAAAACCCACCGAAAAACCGAUAGAAUCUCGGCUGAAUUUGAACCAACCAGACAAUGUCGGAAUGACACCGUUGAUGCUGUGUGCUGAAGCCGGACCAAGUGGCUUUCGGAUGGUGUUCGGUUUGGUUUCCGCGGGAUGUGACGUCGCCGCGGUGGACAAGAUGGGCAUGACGGCGCUGCACUACGCCUGCUACGUUGGCGCUGUGCUCACCGUGCGAUUCCUCCUCGAAGAUGCCUUCGAGUUCUCUGAAAAGCGGCCAUGCGAUCUCCUCAACCUCCAAGAUCGUUUUGGACGCACACCGAUCUACCUCGCGACUUGCAGAGGACACACGGACGUAGUUGAAUACCUCCUGUCUUGUAAUGCGGACAUUCACAUACCUAACAAAGAACUCAAGUCUCCCCUUUAUAUUGCCGCAAACUUUGGCCACUUGGAUAUCGUCAAUGCCCUACUCCGACAUGGCGCGCAUGUUAACCAGGCUGACUCGCACCAGAAGACUCCACUCUACGUGGCAACGUACCAUGGUCGGGCGGACAUAGUCUCCCUCCUCCUCGAUGCCAACGCUGACGUGAAUGCGUCCGACAAGAACGGCAAGACCCCGCUCUACGCCGCCGUCCUCCACGGUCACCUGAACCUCGCGGCAAAGUUGCUGUCUCACGGCGCCUCGGUGAACCGGCCGGACAACGAGGGCCUCGGGCCGCUGCACAUGGCCGUCAAGUUCCCCAAGCUGGACCUGCCGAUGAUCAAGCUUCUGCUCCAACACGGCUGUGAUCCCGUCAACCUCGCGGCCUUCACGCGCUGGCUCAUGGGCCACGGGGUCAUCCCGGAGGAGUGUUUCCAGGGCGACGGCGAGUGGCUGGCAGAGUGGCUGCACCGGGAGGAGUCGAAUGUGCGCUCACUGAAGCGCCUCUGUCGGGCGGAGAUCCAGGCGGCACUGGGGGUCAGCCCGAGCGGUGGCAGUGACGCCUCGGUGGCCUCCACCGCCGCCAAAAUCAGGCACCUGCCGCUGCCCGAGCACCUGAGGGAUUUCGUUUCGAUGAAGGCUCUCUGA